AAACAAAGGAGACUUCAGAUGAACGGCAGCGACCCAGCCGAGGGUGAUAACUACUGGAUGAUCUUGUCUCAACAAACGCGUCCGGACCAGAGGCUGACUGUGGGGAAAAGGCCACUCUGAAGCGAAUGAAGAAACUUCUAAUCUUUCACUUCACAUACAGAGGACUUCUAACGAGAGGAAAAAAGAGUAAAAGAAGAAAAUGGAGUAUAAAUUACGAAAAGCUGAACCCAGGGACGUGUCUGAUAUACUACGACUGGUGAAGGAGCUCGCCAAAUACGAAGAGAUGGAGCACCAGGUGACACUGACUGAAAAAGAACUCCUUGAGGAUGGAUUUGGUGACACCCCGUUUUACCAUUGCAUCAUUGCUGAAAUCCAAGGAGAGACCAGCAGUGACGAUCCGAAGGUGGUCGGUUUUGUCAUGUACUACUUCACUUAUGACCCCUGGGUCGGCAAACAGCUGUACCUGGAGGAGUUCUACGUGAUGGAUCAGUACAGAGGACUGGGCAUCGGUUCAGAGCUCCUGCGCCACAUCAGUGAUCUGGCGAUGAAGACGCGCUGCACCGGCAUGAUGUUCGUGGUCGCCGAGAACAACGAGCCGUCCGUCCAGUUCUACAAGCGGCGCGGCGCCGAGGACCUCUCUCAGGAGGAGGGCUGGAGGCUCUUCAGGUUCGACAAGAACAGCCUGGUCAAGAUGAGCACUCCGGCCGAGGAGUGAAGGCGGUCCGGCUCGCGCCAGAGGAGCGGGAGACGCCAGAGGCCGAGCUGAGGCGGAGAGCUUGGCUGCUUGUUCUUGACGAGUCAUUUAAUUGAAUCCGAUUCUCGUCGCCACUUUAGCUAGCUCUCGUGGGUGAGAGUACGCGGUUGGCGGCGGCGCAGCAGCCUGCUCAGGAAUCAGUCAGCAUCUCCGCGUCUCCUCUCCGGUCAGACGAACGAGUUCAGCUUUUCAAAAAGGGGAAAUUGUGUAUCACAGUAAUAUGUUUCUGCAUGUAGUUCAUAAACUUUGUAAGCUUUUUUUUGUUGUUGUUGUCUUUUGCUAAAAGAGUGCUGCAGUGAUGACGAAUUUUUGUCGACUAAGUUAGCGUCAAACCGCCACCUUUCUUUCUCUUUGGGUUAGUACAGAAAAUAAAGCUCUCUGGCAAACGCAAAGUUUGAUGCUUUUCAAGCUUUAAUGCAAUCGCCUGAAGUAAACUAUUGGCUUUAAACAAACUACAUCACAGUCGCAUGACUACAACUUUACCACCAAUGAGCUUCCAACUUCUGAUUGGAUUUUGUGCACUUUUACUGGAGCUUUAACCCUUGUGUUGACUUCAGGUCACAUUGACCUGAAAAUAUGGGACGUAGAAAUAAGCGCUGAAAAUGUGUAGAAGAAAAAUGUAACAAUUUAAAACGUUGGGGGGAAAGGCGCUAUAAACUUCAGGAAAAAAGGGUUUUUUCAAAGUUGACGGGAAGACAACACAAGGGUUAAAGGUGCUCUAAGUGAUGUGAUGCGUGUUUUUAUUUUUUUAGGCUACAACAUAGCACCUUUUUUAAAUAGUUUGCAGGAGCCCGAGUGUAAACACGAGGCUGUGAAGGCGGCCCAGUGAGUAGUGUUGCGUUUAAUGUCCCGACAGCCUCGGUGUUCUGAUCUAGCCACUUGCUAAGACCCGUAAAGGCUUCAGGAUCUCUAAAGCUGGUGUUAACCACAGACUUUAUUUCAGACCUCUUACCAAAAGAAGCCGUUAACUUUGAGACGAGGGGACUGAAGAGCAACAACUCAUCUCCAGGUCCUGCAGCACUCGGUCAACUCUGAAAUCAUUUCAUUUUAUUUUAACUUUUCAUUAUGGUUUGUAUUUGAUGUGCCGGAAGGGUUAAUAUGACAUAAGUUUGCAAUAAAACUAACUUAUCGCACA